AUGGAAAAUAUUUUUAUUGACGAGAAGAAAGGACAAGAAAGUGAAAAAAUUUGUUAUAAAGAAGAACCGGUUAACAAAAGUAAUGAUAGUGAUAAUAAUAGCAUACUACAAAGUUCAACAAAUCAAGUACCUCAAAAAAAGCCAAAUUCAGAAUAUCAAGGGAUCAAUGAAAAUGACGAAUGUAAAGCAAAGAGAGAAUAUAAUAAUAGUGGUGGUGCCGUUGUUCACGAUGUUCAUGAUGAAAAAUGUGAUAAAUUUGAUGAGGAAUCAGCUAAAAGAAAAGAAGAAAUCAACAAGACCACACCUGGAUGGUAUUAUUAUGAAAUUCUUGGAUUACAAAAAAAUGCAUCACAAUCAGAUAUUAAAAAAGCUUAUUAUUCGCUUGCAAAACAAUACCAUCCGGAUACAAACAAAGAUGUAGUAGCAAAAGAAAAAUUUAUACAAAUUCAAGAAGCUUAUAAUGUGUUGAAUGAAUUUGCAGAUGAAGCAAAUUAUGGUGGAUUUACUGGAUUCAAUGAAGAUUUUAUAAAUAAUAUAUUUAAAAAUUUUGCCGGUUCAAAAGUUCAAACAGAAUUUAAUCAACCUUAUGCAAUGGGAUCCGAUGUCGAAUUUUCUUUAACUAUAUCCUUUAUAGAUUCGGUUAAAGGUGCUAAGAAGACUGUGACGGUAGAAACAUUGGCAAACUGUAAAUCGUGUAAUGGAAUUGGUACCAGAACAGGCAAAGAACCAGAUAAUUGCAAAGUGUGUAAUGGAUCAGGUGUACAAUACGUUUCCUUAACAACAGGAUUUCAUAUGCAAACUAUAUGUCGUGCCUGUAAUGGUAAAGGAACAAAAAUAACACCUUUAAAUAGAUGUGUAGCAUGUAUUGGUAAAGGUCAAGUAAAAGAGAAAAGAGCUGUAGUAGUUCAAAUUCCCGCAGGCAUUGAGAGUGGCACAAUAAUUAGAAUGAUUAGACAAGGGGAUGUACCAUCUGGUGGGAUAGGAAUCCCCGGAGAUUUAUAUAUAAGAUUAAAUGUCACGCCACAUAGUAUAUUUAAAAGAGAAGGCGAAAAAAAUAUUAUUAUGAAUAAGGAAAUACCAUUUCAUCUAGCAAUUUUAGGUGGUGAUAUUCAAGUACCCACGAUUGAUGGCGAUGAUGUUGAAUUAAAAGUUCCUGAAGGUUCACAACCUGAUCAACGUAUUGUACUGAACAAACGUGGUAUAAAAAUUGGUAAAUCUCAAGGUGAUCAAUACGUUAUAUUAAAAACUAGAUUACCAAAACAUUUAACAUCACAACAAAAAGAAUUGAUUGAAAAAUAUGAAGAAAUUAGUGAACGAAGCACAAAGAAAAAAUCUGGUAAUUUUUUAAAAAAUCUAUUUAAUAUAUUCAAAGAUAAAAAAUAA